AUGGGCUAGAGUUGUGCAUCUUGCUAGCAUAAAGAUGAAGCUACUCCUGGCUAAAAUGGUAUAGAACUGAAAGAUUAACUUGCAGAAGAAGACCUAGACGACAGUUAAGAUCGAGAAAGUCCUCCUUCUACUUAUUAAUGCAAAACUAUGGAAGCCGAUAUUCUGCAGUUUUAAAAGAUUAUCUCAAACGUGAAAGAAGAGGACUACGUAGAGGAAUCGAAGGAAUAAUAAAUAAUUUUCGAUGAUUAAUCUCGAUAUUUGGGAAGUAUAGUAAAUGGAAAAGCAAAUGGGUUUGGAAAGUUAUGGUUAGAAAAUGGAGACUUUUAUUAAGGUGAUUUCGUAGAGAAUAUGAUGGAAGGAAAUGGAACUUUUAAUUACUUGAAGGGUCCAAUAUACGAAGGGGAGUUUAAGUCAAAUAAACCAGACGGUUAUGGGAUAGAAACCUGGCCAGAUGGAUCAAUAUACGAAGGAGAAUUUAAGGGAGGCAGAAAACAUGGAAAAGGUUGUUAUAAAUGGCAUUAAGGAUGUGUUUAUAAUGGAGACUGGAAGGAUAAUAUGAUACAUGGUGUAGGAAAAUAUGAUUGGCCUGAUGGAAGGUCUUAUUCUGGGAGUUGGAUUAAAAAUUAAAUGCACGGUCGAGGGAAAUAUAUAUGGAAAGAUGGAAAGUGUUAUGAUGGAGAGUACUAAAAUGAUAAAAAAUGUGGUUUUGGCAUAUUCUAUUGGCCCGAUGGAAAAUAGUUCUAGGGUUAAUGGUUUAAUGGAAGACAGCAUGGGAAAGGAUUAAUGAUAGGGAAAGAUGGUAAGAAAAAGAUAGGUUCUUGGUUGGAAGGAAAAUUAGUGAGCUCCACAGAGGAUGAAAAUUUCUAAAUUAUGCCAGAAGGUUGGAUUUUAUAAUAAUAAUGA